UUUUACCCGAAACCAAAAGUACGACUAUUGAGUUUCAAGUAGUUUUAACGUCGACAACUUGCAUUCACUUAAGUUAUAAGAAAAUGGCUGAACGAGUGGAAAGUGGAAAAGCAGAGUUAGAAGUUCAAGAGGAUGUUGUUGAUCCGUGGAACGUUGUCAGCAAGUCUGCAACCGGGAUAGACUAUGACAAACUCAUAACGAAAUUUGGCAGUACAAAAAUUGACGAUGAGCUCAUAAAACGAAUGGAGAAAGCCACUGGGAAACACGUGCAUCAUUUGUUGCGGAGAGGUGUUUUCUUCUCAAUGCGAGACAUGCAUGAAAUUCUUACUCUGUAUGAACAAAAGCAACCAUUUUUCCUCUACACUGGUCGUGGACCAUCUUCAGAAGCAAUGCAUCUUGGACAUCUUAUUCCAUUCAUCUUCACGAAAUGGCUACAGGAUACUUUUGACGUGCCUUUGGUGAUACAGAUGACUGAUGAUGAAAAAUUUCUAUGGAAAGAUAUGACAAUAGAGGAAGCUAACAGGCUAGCCCAUGAGAACACAAAGGACAUUAUUGCUCUUGGCUUUGACGUUGAGAAAACAUUCAUAUUCAGCGAUGUUGAAUAUAUCGGGUCAUGUCCAGAAUUUUACAUGAACAUGUGCAGAAUUCAGAAGCUGGUUACAUUCAGCCAGGCAAAGGCGAUAUUUGGUUUUGCUCCUAGUGACAGUAUUGGAAAGAUUGCAUUUCCAGCUAUACAAGCAGCUCCAAGUUUCAGCUCUUCGUUCCCAAAGAUCUUUAACGGCAAAGUAGAUGUUCCGUGCCUUAUUCCAUGCGCCAUAGACCAAGACCCCUACUUUAGAAUGACAAGAGACGUAGCUCCUAGAAUGGGAUGUUUGAAACCUGCUCUGAUUCACUCAACAUUCUUUCCUGCACUGCAAGGAGCUCAAAGUAAAAUGAGUGCCAGUGACCCAACCUCUUCAAUUUUUCUGACAGACACGGACGAAGAAAUCGAAAAUAAGAUAAAGCGAUAUGCAUACUCUGGAGGUGGCGCUACAAUAGAAGAACACAAGCAAAAGGGAGGCAACUGUGACACAGAUGUUUCUUAUCAAUAUCUCACCUUUUUCUUGGAAGAUGAUGAAAAAUUAGCAACAAUUAAACAGGAAUAUUCAAACGGUACACUGACGACAGGAAAACUGAAGGAAGAAUUGAUUACAGUAUUACAGCGGCUUGUAGGUGAUCACAGAAGAAAUCGAGAACAUGUCACUGAUGAAAUGGUGAAAAAGUUCAUGACACCGAGAAAGCUCAACUUUCAGUAUUGACGGCAUAAAUAAACCAAUUCAUCAUUACUACAAAGACUUCAUAUAAAAUUAUCAAAUGAUAUAAAAAGCCGUUACAUAUGAAUAUUGUUAUGUUACUUUUAAUUGACUGAGACAUUGAAUAACAUUUUUCAAUUUGCCAUUGCUGAAUGUAUGUAGUAGAUCAUUCAAGUAUAAGUAUUUAAACAUUCAUGAUUUAACUAAAUGUUUUAACUGAAAAAGCUUGGUUUUGUACACAAAGCUAUUAACCAAUUAUAUCUAAAAUGUAAAUUGGUAUUUAAUGAUAUAAUUAACAAAAAUCAAUGUCGAACAAAAUAAAUACUAACCGGUAAGUUUAUGUGAUAAAUAUGCAUGUACAGUACAACCUCUCCAGAGCGACCCUCUCUUAAGCAAAAGCCUCUCUUUAACAAAAUCAUCAAAAUUUCCCUAAGCUGAAAUAUAUACUAUCAAAUUUACCUCUCCAGAACAACAACCUCUGCAUAACAGUCAAUAGUUGUAUCUCCCAAAGGAUGUCGCCCUACAGAUGUUGCACUGUAUUUAAUUCGUGGAUAUAGUAUAAAGUUGUUUUAUAUACCCACAUGAUUUAACAGAUCAAAAGUUUUACAGUGUAAAAUUUGAUUGUACUCUGUUUUAUUACUUCGUUGCAUACAGAUAAAAUUCAGCAAAUAAAUCAAUAGGCUCGUUCGCUUGCUAUUUCGUUUAGCUAAAGUGGGUUGAAAAAAGCAGAAUUCCAAGAUAUUCAAGGCUUAUACAUAAGAUGUGUCAAAGAUAUUCGAGCCAUAGACACGAUUUUACAGUGUAGAAUUAAAUGAAUAUGUUCACAAAUGUAAAAUAAAUGUGUUUUUCUAUCACAGAAAAAAUGUGUAUGUGCGUGUGCGAAUGUGUGUGUCAACAUUUAUAUAGAUAAUCGAUUUCGGAAGUAACACUGAUUGUUAUUUAAACAAAACCGUCCUGGAUACUACACCCUAUCGAGCGAAAUAUUUUAUUCGAAACUAGUUAGAAUUUGUGCAGACGCAUGUAAACCUGUUUAAAAAAAAUGAUAAAGAUAAAACUUCCUGAAGUGUUUUGUUUCAUUAAACCAGACGUUAUUUAUUCUACUUUGUACUUGAAAUUGUAAUAACUUAAAUAUGCUGGCAUUAAAAAACGUGCUUGACUUAAAAAUCGUUUGAUUUCAUUUUAACCUGUCUGGGUCAUAUGAUAUCAGUAAAACAGUAAUGCAACCAAGGAUCAAGCCAUUUUUCAAACAAGGAAAGGGAAAAUGUACUCAAAAUCCUUUUUAAAACAUACCCGAUAUAACGCAUUCCUCUGUGUUGCAUUUGUUGCAUUUAAUUAAAUAAGUUGUAUGAACUUAAAGACUGCUUGAUAUAAAUCAUAAUAAAUAAUUGGUGUGUCAAUUAUUACAA